CUCAAUUUGACUUCAGGGACGGCAUCCAGAAAGAUUUCUCACAUGCCGGAAACAACUUCGCCGUGCUCCGGGGGAGGGGCGUGAAAUCGUUUAAUUUGUGGUCGGAACAGGGCACGCGGGGGCUAGUCUACCCACUCUCGGGGAAGGCCGAGCCCUUCGUUCUCCAUUCAUUGGCCCCGCCAGCUCCACCUCAUCCCAUUCCUUUUCUUCCGUGAUGACUCUUGGCCCUCCUUCUCUCUUCUCAUCCUCAUUCCCAUUCCCCACCCUCCACUCCUCAUUCUGCUGUCCUCAUUCCACACUCCUCCUUCGUCGUAGCAAGAUACCUUCUAAUCCCUUCGAGCCAUGACAAGUCUUCUCUUCCAAUCCUCAGGCAAGGACAGCUCCUCCUCGUCCUCGUCCUCCUCCGCGAACCCAUUCCUGGCACUCACCCACUUUUACGAGCAAGAACUCACGGAGCUCCAGAUCGACUCCCGUCUCAAUGGCCACAGCAGUAACAAUCCUUCCAGUCGGUACCACAGACAAACCUUCCAGGGCAAGCAGCCAGCGGCCAGAGCACACCUCUUCCCAUCCUCCUCCUCCUCUUCCUCUUCAUCAUCUCUUUCUUCCUCGCCCGCAUUAUCUUCUUCUUCAUCUGUCUCCUUCUCCAGCGGUAGCAGCAAUGGCAGCUAUACCCUCAAAGCUCACUCUGCCUAUACCCAACCCCAAGACGAAUUCAAGGUUUUUGCUAACCAACCGACACUCUCGACACUCUCGACUUUUCCGGACUACCACCAAACCUACCAUGGCCCCAGAGGAUCAACGGCGGACCUUUCAGAGGAGGACCUGAAGCAGCGACAAGAGUACUAUGCACGCGAGGCAGAACUGCGGAGUCGGGAUCGAAACGACGGUCUGGGACCGAUUGUGGAUUUCUCGGAGCAGUAUUGGAGGGAUCUGCUGAUGGAUCGUGGUCUGGGCCUGAGUAAGAAUCGUCUGGAGAAUCAUCUCCAAGUCAGGCACCAUAAUCCAUACGCACAAAGACAACACCGGGAGCAUCAACAACAACAACAGCAGCAACAGCAGCAACAGCAGCAGCAGCAGGGAAUGCGUGCAUCAUCACAGCAGGAGCAAGUCUGGCUGGAUUUUGGGCGGAGCGCUGUUGAGUUCUCGGACGAGGAGAUGUCAAGAACAAUGACGACGACGGAGAGGGACAUGGAUCAGGCUUGGAACGAACCGCGUGCUGUCUUGAAUGACAAGAUGACGACGAACAUGUCGUCAUUGGAUACGGGAACAGUAAGGCCCACCACCCCAAUAGCGUCUGCUUUCAGGGAUGCUGCCAUGUCGAUCCAUUCCUCAUGGCCACUCGCACCCUGGGCAAUCGAGACCGAAGCCGCGUUUCUCGAGUUUGAGGAAGCACACAAGAACCAUAACAGCUUCAACCAGCAUCAGGACCAAGGACACCGUGUUCUGUCAUCUCCCACUACUACAACAACAGCAACAACAACAACAACCUUGGAAUCUUUCAAUCCGGAUGCAUCGUCGAACUGGUCUGAGGAAUUCAGGCAACGCAGCUGGGAGGCUUCGUCGCUCUCAAGUAUACCCGCCCCCAAAGAAGGAAGCGAAUCGCUCAAGACCUGUGGAUUUAUUUUCGAUACCAAGACCCAUCCGGAUCUUUCGGAACCGACCACGUUGAUGUUCCUCGGCGCGUCGACAACCCUUCCGACCGUAGAGGUGAAUUACCAAGGUCCAAUAGGCGCAUCAUCAACGGUAUCUGUGCCUCUGCCUCUGCAGGAACAACAGCAAUAUCGUUCAGGACCAACUUCAUUCGUAGCGGACUUUACAUCCCUAACACAACAGGAACCAAUCGAACAAGAAAGGCCUGGUCAGGUUUACAAUGACGAUGUCUUUGAAGGGGAUAUGUUGCAAGCAUGGAUGGAAACGCUGGCGCUGGAGAAACAAGAGGCGGAUGAGCGUGCCAAAGAGGAGGAAGGAAAGCGGGCUGCUAAAGAGAAGGAGGAGGAGGAAGAGGAGGAAGGAGAAGAGGCGGCAGCGACGGAGACGUUGGAUGAGACGAAGCAGAAGAUGGUGCUGGAGGUGGCGUUGAGGCGGUUGGAUGCGCUGAUGCACCAGUUGGAUCGGACUCAGGGGUCGCUGAAGCGCACAGGUGUUCUGGAGAAGGGAAGGAAAGUCGAUGCUGUGGCAUAGACCAGUUAGAUGUAGACCAGCAUUUGAUCCAGGUGCUCAGUCGACAUAAUAUUAAAAAAUAGAAAAGGAACACAACGAUGUCUCCACAAACAGACGCGAACGCGUAAUGCAGGGUCC